AUGAAGCAGAGAAAGGAAGAAUUAGAACGUGAUGCUUAUGAAUCAAUGGCAGAGGUGGUUCCUAGGUCACUAAUUCCACCACCUCCACCUCCGCUUCCGAAAUUCUCAAGACCUAAAGCAGAAGAGAGUGUCACAAACCGAGAAAUCGCUAGGUUUUGGAGGAAAAAGAGGAUCGAGGAAGAGGAUCAUCUCCUUGCUGCUAUCAAAGCUGCUGCUAGACUCCGUGCACGCACUCUCACGGAGCAAGAGUAUGAGAGGUUCGAGUUGUCCCUGAAGAACGAUAAUGACUACGAUGAAACCAAGAAAGAGGCUCUCCAAUGGAACGUAGGGACAAAUGAUUAUUGCAAAACAAUGGCCAAGGACCAAGAAGUGCGUGUUGGAAUCAAGGAUUGGUGGACAAAAAGCAAAUAUGCGUAUUUGAAUCAACCAGCCAUAGAUUCCAUGGAUCUUCCAAAGAAACGAAGCUCUACCUAUGUUCCCAAUUUUCUUUCUUAUCAGCCCAAGCCUUUGUAUCCUUCUGCUAUUGGUGUCUUUUAA